AUGGCCGCCAUGACUUCUGCCGCCGCCCCCGCCCUCCGGCUCUUCAACCCCUCGACCUUCUUCCAGACCCUCAGGACACAGCGGUUCGGUGUCCCCGCCCUCAGCUUCGCCGUCCCCGCCGCCGCCAUCUCGCUCCUCCCGUCGAUACCAUCGCUGCUCGAGGACAUCUGGGAGAGCAUCCUGCGCGCCGUGCCCAAGAAGAAGACGUCGCACAUGAAGAAGAGACACAGGCAGAUGGCCGGCAAGGCCCUCAAGGACGUGACACAUCUCAACCGGUGCCCGGCUUGCGGUGGCCUCAAGAGGAUGCACCACUUGUGCUCCAACUGCUUGGGAAAGCUCAAGGGCUUCAUGGACCGUGAGGGUGGUAGCAAUGCCAAGGCCUACUAA